CACGCCGCUGGUAUAAAUUCCCACAGUUCCCGGCGAUCUGCGUCGUGCCAAGGCAGCAAAAUCCAGAAACAUCCGAGCAAGACAGUCACAGUCAGGGAGAGAAGGGAGAGCGUGGAGAAUGGCUUCAAGGGUGGUGGCCUCCAGCAGGAUCCCGCUGGUGCGCGCCAUGGAGAACCUCCUGGCCGCGUCGUCCGGCCCGGCUCUCAGGCCGGCUGCCGUCUCCGUCGGCGUCCGCGGGUACAACGCCGGCGCGCCCCUCCGCAGCCACGACAGGGACGAGGCGCUCGAAGACACCCGCCACGGCGGCCGCGGCGCGCGCGAGCGCGGUGCCUCCGUGCCCAGCUUCUUCUCAGAUGUGUUCCGUGACCCGUUCAGCGCGCCGCAGAGCCUGGGCCGGCUGCUGAACAUGAUGGACGACGUGGCGGCGGCGGGGGCCCCCGUCGGCGCCCGCGCGGCGCCGCUGCGGCUCGGGUGGAACGCCAAGGAGGACGAGGACGCGCUGCGGCUGCGGGUGGACAUGCCGGGGCUGGGGAAGGAGCACGUCAAGGUGUGGGCGGAGCAGAACAGCCUGGUGAUCAAGGGCGAGGGCGAGAAGGAGUCCGAGGAGGAGGACGGCUUCGCCGCGCCGAGGUACAGCGGCCGCCUCGAGCUCACCGGCGACGUGUACCGGAUGGACCAGAUCAAGGCCGAGAUGAAGAACGGCGUGCUCAGGGUGGUCGUGCCCAAGGUCGAGAAGCGCACCGACGUCUACGAGGUCAACGUCGACUAGACACCAGCGUGCCCGAAAGUUUAGCUAGCGCCGUCGAAUAAACCGAAAUGUCACGAGUUUUUUUCUUCUUCUUCUGUUGGUCAUGUCGUGCUGAGGUGCCUGUACGUGUACGAGUAUGAAUCGACCAAACCGUAUGCCCGGUUUUAACUUC